UCGUUCUAAUCAGAAUCAGAAGCAGAAGACGAAGAAGAAGAAGAAGAAGAAGAAGAAGAAGAAGCUUUCUUUGUGCUUUCCUUUUCUUCUGUGAAUUUUUCCUUUUCCUUUUCAUUUUCUUCUACUCUCUAUCUUGUUUUCCGAGGAGCCAAACAGGACAGUUUUUGGAGGGAAUUGUCGAUUGUUGGGGACUGACUGUCAAAAUGUCGAGGAUCUGAGGCUUUCCAGAGAGAAAACUUAGUCUCGUACAUUUUUCAAGAGAUUUGAGAGCUUGCUCUUCGAAGGAAUCCGAACUGUUAAUCAUCGUCCUUAUCGUAUCAGGAAUUUCACGAGAAGGAACCAGUGAUUCAGCCCCCGAAUUGCGACAAUCUUCUCAAGCUCUUGCCGUAGUUUACAGUUUCGGCGUUUGAAGACCAGAUGAGAAGUUGUUCUCUGAAUUGAGGAUGGUGGUAGCGGCGGCCAAAUCUGAGUAAGAGAGUGACGUUUGCACAAUCGUCUUAACUGGAUUUGGUUUCGGUCUUCGGAUACAGAUAAAUUACAAUAUCAUCUGGAAUUUCAGAAUUCAACAGUUCGAGCAAGCUAUAGUACUUUCAUCAGUCUGCAACCCAUUGGGCGCUCUGGAUUGCGUCUUCCCUCCAAAAUAGAUGAGAAUCGUAGUUCUGGGUGUACAAAAGCAAAUGGACAAAGACUCCACUAGGCACAACCAUACUACUAGUACUACUACUAAUAAUAAUAGUAAUAAUAAUCCAAGCACUAGAGAAAGAUGCGGAGGUGGAGAUGGAUCGCUUCUAUUGAGAGCGAGCUCAGAUGCCCUUAGGCAAACGACGACCUCAGAUUACGUUUUACAGUGGGGGAAUCGGAAGAGACUAAGGUGUAUGAAGGUCCAGGUCAAGGACGACUCCACCGGCCCGGUUAAUCGGACCACCGUCCGAGUGGAUCGUCGGGUCGUCAGAGCCGAUAAAGACUCCUCUAAUCAGCCCAGUAUUACCCAUAACAGUGGCUAUUUAAAUCUCCGCCAGAGGCCUUCUUCGCCGCAGCCACCGCCUUCUCAGCGGAUUCUAAGGUGGGUGCAGAUCUUUGGCUCAAAAGGAGAGCUCAGGCCUCAUGGUAAGUUCAUGAGGGCGUCCCUUAUAGUUUUUAGUAGUUGGUCUAUGGGAAUGGUGGCUUUUGACUUGUUCCUUUUUAGAAACUCGGAGAGCGCAAGUGCCAUGAGAGGGCAGAGCAACGGUGGUGUGAGGGGAAUUACUUCGCCGGAUAGGGGUGCGCACGAUAAGAAAGGAGCAGCCACCAACCACAACCACCACCACCACCACCACCACAACGAGAACAAUCAUAAUAACAAGUCUGCAGCUUCUUCGGAGACGGCGCACGAUAGCAAGAAGGGUGGAGGGUCGUCCUCCGGAAGCGGUGAGCUGGCGGCGGUGGCGCCGCCCGUUUGGCCGCCCAAGUUUGUGAUUGCUUUGACCAACAAGGAGAAAGAAGAAGAUUUCUUUGCCUUCAAGGGCUCUAAACUACCUCAAAGACCAAAGAAAAGAUCCAAAUUCAUACAACGCACACUCAAUUUGGUUAGUCCAGGAGCAUGGCUAUGUGACUUGACCCUAGAAAGAUACGAGGUCCGGGAGAAAAAGAUCAUAAAAAAGAGACCAAGAGGCUUAAAGGCAAUGGGAAACAUGGAGUCUGAGUCUGAGUAAAGGUUAAAGGCACAAAUCAAAUCAAAAGAAAAGAAAGGAAGAUAUACAUAUGCAUGCAUACACCUCUUCUUGACUCGACUCCACAAGGGAAGAGACUCUCACUGUUUUGAGCGGUUUGAUUGAGCUUUUUCAAUGUCUUACUCUUGUAUUUGUACCUCUCAAACUUCCACUGGACAUUCUUUUUCCAGUGCUAUAAAUAUAUAUAUUAUUUAUUUUCCACUA